AUCAGCAUUUGACUGGAAGAACUCGGGAGGAUUGCAUCUGCUCCACACAAUUAGGAAUGGCUGAUGUCUUCAAAGGCCUAAACCUGCUGGAAACGCUCAAAGAGUCGGUGGAGAACAACAAGUUGUCUGAUGUAAAGGAUGCGGUGGAAGAUCUCCUCAUCAGUAGGAUUAAUGUGGCUGUGGUUGGGGACCGUGUUGAGAAAAAAGCCACUCUCAUGAACUCUCUCCGCGGCCUCGGCCCUGAUGAUGAGGGAGCCGCCCCCUUUCCAACCACUGCCGACCCAGAUGAAGUGGCUGGCUACCCAAACCCCAAACACCCUGAUUUUCGCCUUUGGGAUCUUCCACCUGUGUCUAAUACGUCCCCAUUUGAAGCUGAGGGAUACAUUAAUAAAUUCAAGUUUCUUCGCUAUAAUGUUGUCUUUAUGACCUUCACACAGGUCAUUCAUCCCAACUGUGUGGAAGUUUUCUUGGAGGCCCUUUCUUUGCAGCGUGAAGCUGUGUACUUUGUUCUCUUAGCUUCCCAAACAGACACGGAGAAGAGCCUGGAGGAAAAGAGGCGGGCCAGUCUGGACGUCCUGAAAUCCCAGGGUGUGAAAAUUCCUAAAGUUUACCUGGUCAGACCCUCCACUCUGGAAAAGCUUGACUUUCCCGACCUUUUGGGGGACGUUAGUAAAGACCUUCCAGAGAUCAGAGCCCACGCUCUUCUCCUGGCUCUGCCGGCUCUCACCACCACCUUGGUCACCCAGAAAAAGGAAGCAUUUAAGGCUCUCAUAUGGGCAGCCGCCUCUCUGUCAGGAGGGAUGUCAGCUAUUCCUGUUCCUCUUGUAGCUUCCAUGGUGGACUCCAGUGUGGCGGUGCGAAUUUUGACAAAGGCGCAGCUAUCUUUGUGCCUGGAUGAUGAGUCUGUACAGCGACUGGCCCGCCAAAGAGGCAUCGAACCCUCAAGACUUAAGGACCUGCGGACCUGUGUGAUGUCUGUGGAAGUUACCAAAGGGGAAGUUAAAAAGCGCCUGGCGGCGGCAGAGAAAGAUUUGGCCACGGUUUCAUCAAAGCUGCUGCAGAUGGCGAUGCCUCGGCAUGCUCGCUCUGCCAGCCGCUCCUUUGCCGCCAUGCUGCAAGCGUUAAACACAGCUGUGGAUGAAAUGGCAGCUGAUGCAGAGAGAAUAGUGGCAGCUGCUCUAGAGGAGAGGAAAUGAGGUCUAACAUCAGUCACUCAAUUAUGUUUCCUGUCUAUUUGUGGCUUAGAAUCCCUUUUAAUGUUUUGAAAUUCAAACUUUUUUGCAUGUUUACAUUUUUUAUACUUUACGCUUUUAUUUUCAGUUGCAUAUAACAAUGCAGAAAAACAUGUGUUUUUGCAAGUUUCUUUGUUCCUCAAUAAACCUGCUACUCCCUCCCAAAAUGUAAUGCUGAGAAAUCUUUGAAUAGCGGAAGUUCUUUCACUCAGCAGGAAAAAAAAGAGUGAUUCUUUAAUCUGCUGGGUUAAAACAGGCGGGUUUGCUCUCGUCUGCUUGACUGCUUAUGUAAAUUCUUCAGGAGCUUCACUGAGGCGUCAAACCUUCCUUUUUUAAUUUUAUUUUUACCUUAGAUUGGGUAUGGAUUGCACGCUGAUUGAACGACUCUAAAGGUAAGAAUAAACUGCUUCUUUUGCUGGGUGCACUUUUAAUGUUGAUUUUUGUUUGUUUUGCAUUGUUGUACUGAAAUUUCCUUCUGAUUGGCUUAAUCUGCCACAUUUCUGUGAAUAAACUGACGAAAUCCUGUUA